GUUUAUUAUGGGCGUCGGCGGCGGCGGGCGCUACUCCAAGCUCAGAUGCGAGAUCGACUCGUAGCGAGAUAGACUCAUCUCACGCGUGCUCUGUCAUGUUGCCGAUCUUACUGCGCUGCCAUCUCUGCCAUCUGCGCGAUGGCCAGCACUGAUGCCGAACUUGAGGAGGCGGAGGAGGCGGAUGAGGCGGAGGAAUAGCAAGGAGUCGGUCGUGAGCCGCUAGAGCUGGGCGAAGCGUGCGAGUAACCGCGCCGUGAGAAUGAUCAAGGGCAGCCAGGAUUCCGGUAUGCAGUCUCGCUUGCAUUGCUUGGUUUGCUUCGUAAUGAGGUGUUCGUUGGUGCCGUUCGCAGAGGCAGAGGAGACAGCCCAUGCUGUAGCUUGAAUGGAACUCAAUUCCCAAGAACUUGGAAAUGGUCAAGUUGUUGAUGUUCAGAAGUGGAUUUGAUAUGGCCCUAUUUCACUUCACGAGGCAGGAGCCACCACUGCAUUUCGCUCGUGACGGCAGGGACGGCCAUAACACGAGAAUGACGCGACUUCCGGGUCUGCCUGAUUUGAAGCUUCACUUAGAGAUGGCAAGUACGCGACAAUUGAAGCAGACGGGACGUUCUCGUGUCGUGUCGAUACAUCUCGACGUUGACCUAGCGACCUCUGCGAGCGAAAGGAACAACAAACAUCCAUUCACCGCUGCCUCUCCAACGACCUCAACACGGCCGAACACCUGCACACCACCCGAACAUGUGCUUCCAGAAAUUCAUUACGUUCCAGUGCGGCUGUAGGCGCCUCGAGGAACAAGAAUGCGAGCACGCGCAAGGACUCGACAUCAACUUUUGGCAGAAAAUCGAUUGCCCGUACUACACCACCACGCGAAAACACUGUUGGACUCAGUGCGGUGCCGGCGAAUUCUAUUGUGGAGCUACCGAUGAUGGAGGGAUAUUCGAUGCGGUCGAUGAGAUGCACGUCAAGGCAUCAUACCAGCACAAGGUCAUGGCGAUAAGGCUCGUGAAGGGCAAGGAGCUUCUACGGCAGCAAUGCGACGAGUGGGUAGCCAAUGGCGGUUCCUUGGAGGUGUUCCAGGAGUGCCAACAAGCUCGGGAUUGCUGGGGCAGUCUAGCAUUGAUUGACUUCGAAAGGAAACGGCUCGAGAAUGAAAUUAAUAAUUGGUUGAUCGUCAAAAGGCUUGCACGGGCGCAUGACGAGCGCAGAAAACUACGCCUUCACGCUGGCUUGCCAUCGUGGCCAUCUUUUGCAGACUUCCUCAAGGUCAACCAUCCUCAAGCGUUUGCCAGACUCGAUCGCGACGACUUUGCCGGUUCGUCAAGCAUAGCUCCACCAAACACCGGGACUGCCAACAUGGACCUCGUGGCCCACGUGAACACGUUUGGCCAGUCGUCGGUUCUCGGCGCCCCCUCGUCUGUUGCCAAUAUACCGCCACGUCCUCCGGCGCCGUACUCGCAUCACGGUAUAGGGAUUCGGCGGGAUGCAUCACGCUUCUCCGUGCGGCAACGGGUCGUACAUGAGAGUCAGACCCCGAUACCACAGUCGGAUCUUACAGAACCUUCGAGGGGUCACACAACCACCUCUCUCAUCCCUGACCUUGUACGGACCCAGCGCCUAGCGGCGAUUGAGAUGGUCACAUCAGAAGUACAACGGGAAGCAAACCGGCAGAGAACUGAUGCUGUCGCUCAGAACAGUAUACCAGAAGUACAGGCUUACCACCGGCAACUUGCUGCUGAUGCUGCUCAUGCUGCUGCUCAGGACGCCAUACCAGAGCAAGCGCACCAGAAGAGACGCGGCAGAUUCAAGAAGCAAGAGCCAGAAGUGUCGUUGUCACCCGAAAAGUCUUCAAGCAAGGUGCGGCGCAGCACUAGGGUGAAAGCCAAGAAGGUCAACUAUAACGUGGACGAUUCCUCGGACGUUUCUCGAUCGUCGUCGCCAGCAAAGUCGGAUGUCUCGACAUCCUUAAGUCGGAUGUCCGGCCUUUCUGACAAGCCUGCCAAGUCACGGGGCAAUUCGAAGAAGAAAGAGACAGUAACAGGAAACAGCAAUUUCCUCGCAAGAGGCAAGGCGAACCUCGCAGACCAGAUCGGAGAGUGGAGCCGCAGCGACAGCGUUGUCGGCACUCCGCCUCGAGAGCCAGACCAGCACACAGGAGGCAAAAAGCGCAAGCCAGAGCAACAUGUCACCGAAAAGGAGGACCACGUCAGAUUGAAGCAAGAGCCCAUGCAGGACCAAGCAUUUUUUGUGAGCACUGGUGUUACCGAGCCGGCGCAAGAGUUCCAACAGGCGUCAAACAGUAGCCAACAGUCUAUCCCUCGCAACCAAGCAGAUGCGAGGGGCGAGAUGUCUCAUCUC